AUGGCCCAGGUCAGCAUCAACAGAGACCUUGAUGAAUGGGGCUUAAGCACAGACUCUGGGGAGCGUGCCCGUCUGCUGCAGAGUCCCUCUGUGGACAUAGCCCCCAAGAGUGAGGGGGAGGCCCCUCCUGGGGGUCUGGGCGGAGGCACCACUUCCACACUUGGAGCCAUCUUCAUCGUUGUCAAUGCCUGCCUGGGCGCGGGGCUACUCAACUUCCCGGCAGCCUUCAGCACUGCUGGGGGCGUGGCAGCUGGCAUCACGUUGCAGAUGGCCAUGCUGGUUUUCAUCAUCAGUGGCCUCGUCAUCCUGGCCUACUGCUCCCAGGCCAGCAAUGAGAGGACCUACCAGGAGGUGGUGUGGGCUGUGUGUGGCAAGCUGACAGGUGUGCUGUGUGAGGUCGCCAUUGCUACCUACACCUUCGGGACCUGCAUCGCCUUCCUCAUCAUCAUCGGGGACCAACAGGACAAGAUUAUAGCUGUGAUGGCAAAGGAGCCUGAGGGGGCCGGCGGCAGCCCCUGGUACACAGACCGCAAAUUCACCAUCAGCCUCACUGCCUGCCUCUUCAUCCUGCCCCUUUCCAUACCCAGGGAGAUCGGCUUCCAGAAAUAUGCCAGCUUCCUGAGCGUCGUGGGCACCUGGUAUGUGACUGCUAUCAUUAUCAUCAAAUACAUCUGGCCUGAUAAAGAGAUGAGCCCAGCAGACACCCUGAACAGGCCAGCUUCCUGGAUAGCCGUGUUCAACGCCAUGCCCACCAUCUGUUUCGGAUUUCAGUGUCACGUGAGCAGCGUACCCGUCUUCAACAGCAUGCGGCGGCCCGAGCUGAAGACCUGGGGCGGCGUGGUGACAGCCGCCAUGGUCAUCGCCCUCGCUGUCUACAUGGGCACAGGUAUCUGCGGCUUCCUGACCUUUGGGGCCGCUGUGGACCCUGACGUGCUCCUGUCCUACCCGUCGGAGGACGUGGCUGUGGCUGUGGCCCGUGCCUUCAUCAUCCUGAGUGUGCUCACCUCCUACCCUAUCCUGCACUUCUGCGGACGGGCGGUGAUCGAAGGCCUAUGGCUGCGCUACCAGGGCAUGCCGGUGGAGGAGGACGUGGGGCGAGAGCGGCGGCGGCGAGUGCUGCAGACGCUGGUCUGGUUCCUGCUCACCUUGCUGCUGGCGCUCUUCAUCCCUGACAUCGGCAAGGUCAUCUCAGUCAUCGGAGGCCUGGCCGCCUGCUUCAUCUUUGUCUUCCCAGGGCUGUGCCUCAUUCAAGCCAAACUCUCUGAGAUGGAGGAAGUCAAGCCAGCCAGCUGGUGGGCGAUGGUCAGUUACGGAGUCCUCUUGGUCACCCUGGGAGCCUUCAUCUUCGGCCAGACCACAGCCAACGCCAUUUUUGUGGAUCUUUUGGCAUAA